GUGAUGAACGCGGCCUUCCCCGCCUCGGAGGCGGCCCUGCUGCGCUUCGGCAUCGCCGCGCUGGCCCUGUCCCCGUGCCUGGCGCAGCUGAAGCCGUCGGUGGCUCGUCCCGCCGUGGAGUGCGGCGUCUUCGUGGCCAUGGGCUACAUCGGGCAGGCCAUCGCCUUGGAGACGGAGCCCGCCGCCACCGUGGGCUUCAUCUGCGCGCUGGCGGUCGUGUGGUGCCCGUUGCUGGAGUUCGUCGUCGACAGGAAGCCGGUGGCCGAGGUGGGCACGAGCACGUGGAUCGCGGCUGCCCUGGCGAUCGUCGGGGUCUUCCUGCUGGAAAUCGGGCCCGACGGCGGCGUCUCACCUUCCUGGGGCGACGCUUGGGCGCUACUGCAGUGCGUUGGCUUCGGCACGGCGUUCUGGCGCACGGAGAAGAUGAUGGCCAGGAACCCGGACCAGACUCUGCCCAUCACCGCGGUACAGGUGACCGUGGCGGCGCUGGCCUCGCUGGCGUGGUUCGUCCUGGACGGCGGCAGCCUCGACAGCGUCCUCGCCCCUUCCCCCCAGGGCGCCGCCGCGGCCAGCGCGGGGGCCGUCUCGUUGGAGCUCGGCCCGCUUGGCGAGCUCAUCCACGGGGCCGGGAAGGCUGUCCGGCGCCCUGGCAUCGGGGGCUUCCUGCCUGAGGGUGUCUCUCCUGCUGCUCUGGCUGCAGUGGCAUGGACGGGUCUGGUGACCACCGCGCUCAACCGGCUUGGGGAGACCACCUCCCUGGGAAAGAUCAGCUCAUCCGAUGCCACUGUGCUCCUCUGCACGGAGCCCAUCUGGGCUGCAGUAUUCGCAGUGUACCUCCUGGACGAGCAGCUUGGUGCCAACGCGAUUGCAG